GCGGGCAGCGAGCCCGAGGCGGUGCGCGCGCUCGGCGCCCUGCGCCGCGCGUUGGCCGUCCAGAGGAGGCCGCCGACCACGGAGGCCAUCAAUGCGGGCAUUCUCGACGUGCUGAACGAGCACAUCGUCAGCACGUCAGCUGCGGCUCAGGCAGAGGCGGCCUGGGUGCUGACGAACUUGUGCUCGGGCCCCUCGGUCGAGGUGCUGGCGGUCCUGGAGGCUGGGCUCGCCGAGUCCGUCCGCCAGGCCCUGCUGACCGAGGACGGCUCGCUGACGGCGAGCGCGGCGCGGAGUGAGAUGUGCAACCAGCUCCUCUGGGCCCUCGGCAACAUGGCGGCGGACGAAGAUGUCUCCAUCCGAGACCGCCUGCUCGGCCUCGACGUGGUCCAGACGCUCGGCUGCGUCUUCGAGCAGAUGCCGGGGCUCCGCUGGGACGCGCGCGAGCGGGCGCAGGUCCUCCGCACCAUGACCUGGCUCGCCAGCAGCCUGUGCCGGGGGAGCCCUGAGCAGGAGGAGCGCCCGCGGGCGCCCAAGAG